AAGAUCUCUUAUCGUUGAUAAGAUUUGAUCUUGAGAUACAGCAGAGGAGCAUAACUUGAAAGAGGAUCAUUGCUUUGUUUUGAUUUUUAAGUCAUUUGCUGUAUUUGCUUAUAUCUGAAGUAUCAUUGGUAGCAUAGUAUCUAUGCAUUGUGAGCGUUCAUUAAGGAAAAUGUUAUGUCUACUACCAAGUCUUUUACUAAAUUUUAUAUCUCAAAUAAUGUGACAAAUUGAGAGUUAUAAGAUAGAUAGUGAGAACUUGUGGGACCUACUGAUCCUAUAAUUCAUAUUAAUCUUGGGAUAAAAAAUUUGGUGGAUAUAACAUUAAAUACCAAUCGACUCCUUCCUGAUAAUAUCUGUUGUUUUGUUUUUAUCCAGAGAACUUUAUGACCGGUUACCGUAUAGUUUUUGAUCGUGAGAAGAUGGUUUUGGGUUGGAGGGCUUCUGACUGUUAUGAUGCCAAAACUUCCAAUACUCUACCGGUAAGCCCGCUAAGCUCCCCUGCAGGUCCUCCCGAUGCCACCAUGAAUCCAGAAGCCACAUCAGGAAUUGGGAAUGGCUCCCCUUUCCCUAGUUCAACACCGCCACCACCAUCUGCAGGGAACCAUUCGCCCCGCUUGAAUUCCUUUGUUUACACACUUCUGUUGGUUCUUUUUUCUCUUUCGACCCACUAUUUGAUCAUUCUUUCCUCGUAAGGUUUUUUUUUUCUUCAUUAUAUAUAUUUUUAUUAAUAUGAGGUGUAUUACACACAAUAUUUGAGCCAUUGCGUGCAUCCUAUUUAUUAGUACUUUCAGCAUUGAUUCCAACCUGAGUUGUAAAUAUACUACUGUUUCUCCGCAUCUCUCUGCUUGAUAAAUAGGAGAAUGAAUAAAGAAUUUGUUUUCUGAAUGUCAAUGCUAAUAC